GUCUCUGUCUCCUCUCUCUCUCUGUCCACACACACACACACACACACACACACACACUCAGGAUGGCACCUCCAAUGGCGCUGAUGAUGCUCAUGAUGAUGGUGGUGGUGGUGCCAGUGGCAGCAGGGUUGAGGGUGGCGGCGGUGCAGCAUACGGUGGUGGCAGAUGAUGCUGGGGCUCCGCAGUGGACCAACUUGCCAGCGUACUUUGACUCGUUGCAGGCUGCCGGUGAGCAGGGCGUGGAGGUGGUCGUCUUUCCCGAGUUUGGGCUGUUUGGCCCCGACUUUGACAAGUCCUGCUCCAAGCCCAGCGCGCCCAUGCCGUGGUGCCUGCCGCUCUUGGAGGCUCCGAUCGGCGCUCUGCCCUGUACCAACAGCUCGUGGAACUCCAUCGUUCGAAACAUGAGCUGUCACGUGCGCGAGGCCAAUCUCACGGCCAUGUUCGAUGUGUGCGAGACGGCCAACAAUGGCACGGCCUACAACACCGCCCUGGUCUUUGGACCCGAUGGCGCAAUCGUGACGGCAUAUCGCAAAAUGCACCCCUGGUUUGAAAACUGCUUUGCAGCAGCGGAUAACAAUGAGAUCACGCUUCGCUUCCCAACCCAUCCCGAGCCCAUCGGCAUCUUUGUGUGCAAGGACAUUUUGUAUAAAACCCCGGGACCCGAACUCGUGGCCAAGGGCAUCAAGACCUUUCUAUACACCGUGGCCUUGUCCGUGGUCGGUGCCGAAGCCGUGAGCCUGUGGUCCAAGGAGUACAACGCAACCGUUGUCAGUUCCAACCUCGGCCUGGGGCAAUCCGGUGUCUUUCGUGAUGGUCAACGCCUCACGCCCGCGCCCUCCUCGAAACCAGGCUCGGAUGUCCUGGUUAUAUAUGACUUGUAG